AGCGGAGAGUCACAUGCUGCAACGUCAUUAUGUAGUAAGUUACUGUAAUUGCAAGGGAUACAGGCGUCAUUUCAAGCUCAAGAGGUCUCUCAUCGCGUAGUGCCGUCGCGGUGCGGCGUAUAGCAUGCAACCCCUUCGGUUUUAAGCGAUCUCCAAAGGAGCCGUGCAGCCAUGGGAGUCCAUUACCUCAACCAUGCAAUUUCCACCAUCAAUAAUUUAAUCUAUUUGCUCCAAAGCUGAAGAGAUAUCCUGAAGCUGUCGGACAGUACAGGGAAAAUAUAGCUUAAGUAAUUACACAGGGGGUUGUCCAAAACAUCCCAGAUGACACUGUCCUGUUGAAUGGUCUCCUUUACGAUUGGGCAAUAAAAGUUCCACCAGGUUAGAAGAGUGAUGACCAUCCUGUUCCUUACUAUGGUUAUUUCAUACUUCAGUUGCAUGAGAGCUGCUCCCAUGAGAGACGCCCCGGGUAUGCGGGGCCACCGAACGGAAGGCUACUUGGGUGCUGCAGUGACAGCCGGCCGGGGCCACGGGACUCCACAGAGCAGGGGUGGGCCGGGCCAGCAUGGGGGACUGCCCUCGCUCACAGACACGUUUGAGCAGGUGAUUGAGGAGCUCUUGGAGGUGGAUGGAGAAGCAGCUCAGCUGGGGCCUGGGGCUGACAAGGGCCAGGGAGGAGGGGGUCCUUCCUCUGUGGUCACCACGGAGACCAAGGAUGUCGACCUGUAUGCCUCGCGGGUGAUGAUCAGCAACCAAGUGCCUUUAGAGCCACCUCUGCUUUUUCUCCUGGAGGAAUACAAAAACUACCUGGACGCCGCUAACAUGUCCAUGAGGGUACGGCGGCAUUCUGACCCGUCGCGGCGUGGCGAGCUGAGUGUGUGUGAUAGUAUUAGCCAGUGGGUGACAGCUGUGGACAAAAAGACAGCCAUAGACAUGUCUGGGCAGACCGUUACCGUCCUGGAAAAGGUCCCUGUCCCCAAUGGCCAACUGAAGCAAUACUUUUAUGAGACCAAAUGUAACCCUAUGGGGUACACAAAGGAGGGCUGCCGUGGAAUAGACAAGAGGCAUUAUAACUCCCAAUGCAGGACAACCCAGUCCUACGUGCGAGCGCUCACCAUGGAUAGCAAAAAGAAGAUUGGCUGGCGGUUUAUAAGGAUAGACACAUCAUGUGUAUGCACAUUGACCAUUAAAAGAGGAAGAUAGUGUAUAUAAUGUAUAGAUUUUAUUGAGAGUUUAAAAAAGAGAGUAAAGAGAAAAUAUCUAUUUGUAUAUAUACAUAACAGGGUAAAUUAUUCCGUCAAAUGAAAAUUUUAUGGACUGCAUGUAAAAAAAGAUGAAGUUUAUACAGUAAAAGUGAUACUACAGUCUAUUUAUUGAACAUAUUCAUGACCUUGUAAACAAUUAAAAAAAGAUCUGAUCAGUCAUUUGCGCCCAGUUUAAAUUACUAUAUCACAUUCCUCAAGACAUUGUGGUUUGUUUACGUUGCCAAGAAUGUGAGAAAGAAGGAAAAGAGCGAUGAGGAUGAGGGACAGGGUGAGGACGAGUUCCAUUAAAAAAAAACUUGCAUGCUGCUUCAAUUGUGAAUUGAGAAUUUGUCCACCUAAGAAAAAAGGAUAUGAUACCGACCAAAACAUUCCGUUUACAUACUCAACAGUAAAAGGGUUUUCCUCCUCAGUACUUUAUCUGUUUACUGUUCUAAACUUCUCAAGGUAAUGUUGGAAUUACAUACUAUGUCAAGGUGCUGUUGUCAAAGCUUUGCUGUUUAUUUUUUUAUCCCCACCAGAGGACAAAAUAUAAGAAUAUAUAUAUAUAUAUAUAUAUAUAUAUAUAUAUAAAAUUUAUUCAUUGACAUAUGUUUCUGGAUUAAUAUAAUUCAUUUUGUAUGUUGUGAAGUUGUUUGCAAUAUUAAAUUGAA